AAAAACCUCGGACUUGAUUGGAAGUGACUUUACAGUCUUCUAGCAGCAGUGGCGCUUGGAAAGUCUCUCUCACCCUCCUGAGCCACGAAGGGUGUGAUAUCCACAUAACACAGAACAGUUCCCAUAACGCACAGUAACAUAACGCGCGCUGGACAAACAAGAGGGAAUUUAACUUCACGCAAACCGCUUCUUAUUACACUGUUCAACACAAGGCCAUUUUAAUUCACGAUGGAGGAGGAAGCGUCGAAGAGCAAGUCGUCGACAAGCUUCUAUGACGUUAGUUAUGGCGGUCCAACGACUGGCAGCUCGUCUUUUCGCAAGACGGUGCGCACUUACACUUCGAAAUCAGCGUCAGGAGGAUUGGGCGGUCAUGAUGUUUCUCUACAGCAAAUCGCGGAGGCGAAAGAAGUUAUUGGGGACAUGGAAGCCGCGUACAGACAGUUGAAAGCUAUGCUGGAGGAUCAGAAAAAAGAGCAUAUGGCUGAGGUGCGAAAGUUUCAGCGCGAGAUCGAUGAUCUCCGACGCCAGAAGCGCAGUCUCGAAGAUCAGCUCCGCGACUCCAAAGGCGAUAACAAGCGCCUUCAGGACGAGCUCAACAUGGUCAGGCGACGCCUCCUGGAAAAGGAGACCGAGAACGAGUCCCUUCUUCGCGAGCUCAACUCCAAGAACAACAUCAUCUCGACGCUGAAAAGCGAGAAGAUGGCGCUGCAGAAGGAGAUUGAGACCUUGCGUCAGGAAACUAUGAUCAGCGUGGAGUCUACCGCAGUGGUUGAGGCUGGACCGGAGGACGACGAGCUAUACCUCGUGCGACAGGAGCUCUCCGAGUACGAGACAACGCUCAAGUCUCACAUGGACGAGAAGGAAGGGCUGCAAGACGAGAUCGCCGCGCUACAGGCAAAGCUUGCUCGCUUGCAGAGCGACUUCGACAAGUCACAGCGCGACCUUGACGCGUCUAAGAAAGACUGUGACCUUAAGGUCAAAAAGUGCGAGGCCCAACUUCAGAAUUCCCAGAAACAGAGGGACGACCUAAAGAGGCAGCUGGAGCGACUGAGAGAUGAGCUAAAGCGGAGCAAAGACAGCAUGAACGAGGUGCGACGCGAUGCACUAGAGCAGAAGAAGGCGGCAGACAGGCUAAGGGAAGAGGUCGGCAGCAAAGACAAGCAGGUGCGCAACUACGAGCGGAAGAACUCGGACCUGGAGGACCAAGUGGAGGCUCUCAAGCAAGACUACUCGCAGGCUCAGAUGAAGGCGGAAGUGGAGUCGCGCCAACGUAUGAACUUGGAGAAGGAUCUGCGCAACUCAGAAAUGAAGCUUGCUGAGCUUGAGGCUGCCAUUGAGAGCUUACACCAUGAAAAUGACGACCUGCACCGCGAUCUCUCAACAAACACGAGGAAGCUGGCUGCUGCCGAGAAUAUGCUGGGCAAGUCCAACAACAGGAUCAAGGAACUGGAGACGGAGGUGACGAACUACAGAACCAGGAUACACGUGCUGGAAUCCGAGGUCGAGAAGAUGAGCACGGUAAACGUCCAACUGCAGGCUACAUACGAGUCUUCAGUGACCGAGGUAGACGGACUGAUGUCCAAGGUCGGAGGAACACACGCAAAGAUCAACGAUUUGGAAUCGCUGUAUGAGAUCACGGCUAAGGAGAGAGAUGAGCUAAAAACCAGUGUAGCGCCGCUUGAGAAGAGGAUAUCGGAUCUGAAGAUUGCGUUGGAGAAAAGUGAAAAUGCGCGUGACGACCUCGAGAGGGAGGUGGACGGGCUGAGGAGCAAGAACACGAACCUUGAAGCGCAGCUGGCUGCAGCGCAGAAGGCUAAGAUGCAACUGAAGGCCGAUCUCGACGCCGAGAAAGACCGAGUGAAUCAGCUGCGAAAGGAAAUCGUCGGUCUUCAGGCUCAACUCUCUGAGGCCCAACGCAACGCUGAGAAGUUCAAGAAUGACAACGUGAGGAAGCAGAAGACCAUAGAUGACCUGAAGAACACCAUUGCACAGCUUGAGGACAAGAUCAACGCACUGGACAACGACGUCCGCGAAGUGAACACAAAGAACGACAUCCUUGAAGAUCAAGCCAAGGAGAUGCAUGAUGACCUUCUAGAAGCGAACAAACGCGCCGCAGAUGCUGAAGAUGAGCUGCAGCAAACUGAAGACGAGUUAAACCGUCUUAAGAACGAGAUACAGGAGAAAGAGAAGAGGAUUUCCGAGCUCGAGUCUGCAUUUGACGCGGCAGAUAAAGAGAAGCGAGAUCUGGAACAGCAGGUUCUAAGCCAGACACCCAAGAUAAAGCGCUUGGAAUCUGAGCUCCAGGACGCCCUCAACCGUGCCAGUGCGCUGGAAGAAGAUGCCAAGAAUCACAACCAGGUAGUUGAUAACCUCCAAGAUGAGAUCACUCGGCUGAAGAACAAGCUUAGCGAAGCAGAGCGCCAGGCUGCAGCAACCCAGAGAGAGUCUGUGGAGAAGGAUACAACAAUUGACUCUUUGAAGAAAGAGAUUGAUGACUUGAACAAUGAGAUCGACGAGCUCAGGUCGGAUUUAAUGAACACGAAGUCGCUUCUGCAAUCAAGCGAAGACGAGAAGAGGAAACUCAUGAUUCAGCUGGGAAGCAAAGAUGACGAGGUGAAUCGCUUGACUGUGGAGGUGGAACAGCACAUUAAGAAAAACGAGGUCCUUCAGAGCGAGUGCAUGGUGGUGCAAGACCAAGUUAGCAACGUACAGAGUAGCUACGAAGACUUCGCUUCAAUGGCAAAUGAAAAAGAAAGUCUUCUGGAUAUCGAGAAAGACAAGGUAGCGCAACUGGAAAAGGAGUUGGCCAACUUAAGGACCAAGUACAAGGUCAUAGAGGAUCGUGAUGGCAUGAAGCAGAAGGAGAUUGAUCAGCUGAAGGCAGAUCUUGAAGCAGCAAUGGAGAAGGCUGACGAUCUUGCCAAGGAAGUACAAAGGCUUGAGGGAGAGAAGGAUGAUAUCGCCAGGAACUUACUUGUUGCUGAGAGUAAAGCAAAUGAGCUUGAAAACGACAUCGUUGCCGCAAACAGUGACAAGGUCCAGGCUGAAGAUGACUUGUACGCAAUGCAAGGCAAGAUCGGCAAACUGGAGAACCAGAUCGACACGCUACGCAAGCAAAACGCGCAACUGAAGGACCAGCUCAAAGAUGCAAGCAACAAACUGGUCCAGGCCAAGGAGAAGAUCGCUACCCUUGAGGUUAAACUUUCGCAGCAGGAAAAAGCAAACCAAGCGCUGAACAGCGUCGUGGCCAAAAAAGAUAAGGUCAUUGCUGAUAUCAAUGAGAAAAUCAAAAAGUAUCAGAAGGCUGCAGACGAAGCCAAGCGCGAUCUUGUCGCGGCGAAUGUUGCGGCCGAUGCGGCCCGCGAGGAAAAGAGAGACAUGGAGCGCAAAUUUAACUCUCUAAAAGAUCGUAUUGACGCGCUGGAGAAAGAGAUCAAGGAACUGAAGGCGCAGAGGAACAAUCUGGAAACUGAGCUCAGCAACAAGUCUCAUAAGCUAGCUAUCACUGAGGGCCAACUCGCUAAUGCAAGGAAGGAUCGCGAUAACCUAAAGGCGGAGAUUGAUAAUCUGAACAUAACGAUCAGGAAAAUGAAAGAAGACCUCUUGGCAGCUCAGAGCAGUCUGAAACAGAAAGAACGUGAAGUCGAGACAAAGGACAAGGAGCUCAAGGACAAGGACGCCAUCAUUGAGCGUCUGAGAAGUGCAAAGGCGGUUACUGAUGAAGAGCUACUGAACCUUAAACGCGAGCUCAUGAACACCAAGAACGCACUCGAGGCAGCGCAGAACAAGAUCCGUUCGCUGGAAGAGAACCUCAAGAACAGCCAAACUAACGUGAACAAGCUCGAGGUCACUAUCAGUAACAUCGGAAAGGAGCAGCAGGAGCGAGAGCGCGCCAGUGCCACCCACGACACGCGCUACUAUGAGAUCGAGACUCUCUACAAGGCGAGCCAGGACAAAGAGAAUAGGAUGAAACAAGAAUUACAAUCCUAUAAGAACCGCUACGAGAAGCUCGAGUCCGACUACCGCAAACUACAGCAAGAGAACGUGGACCUGCGUGCCAAGGUGAACGCCUUGAACAAGAGAAUCCGUGACCUCGAGGCUGCCAAGGACCGCGCCGAGAAGGAAAAGCAAGCAAUCAAGGAAGAACUUGUGCAGGCCAACAACGACUUGGCUGAUCUAGAGAUAGAGCAUGACACCGUGCAGAAGGAUUACGACUCGCUCAAGAAACAACUGGCUGACGCGAAUGAAAGGCUCGCCAAGGCGAGAGAGGAGAACAUGAACUUGCAGCAGCAGAUUGUUGAGCUCAAGAUGAGGCUUGAGAGCGAAGAGCGCGAAUCGGCAGAGAAGGAUAACUUGAUUGACAACCUCCAAGCCAGCAAGGAGUACAUCGAGGGACAACUCGAGAGCCUGAAAGCCCAAAUGUCUAAAAUCAAGGACGAGAAUGAAAAUCUCAAAGAGAGUGACGCCCGGCGCCAGCAGGAGAUCCUUGACUUAGAGAAUAGGAUCAACGAGCUAGAAAAUAUGCUCGCGAGGAUUUCAGCUGAGAGGGACAGAGCACUAGAAGACUUGAGAACAAGUACGGCCAAGAUCUCAACCCUGGAACAACAGAUUCGUGACUUUACCAAAGAUCGCAACAGCCUCGAUGAGAAGAUCGAAGAGCUGAGGCGCCAAGUCAAUACCUUGCGCGAUGAGAAGAAUAUCGUAGAGAGGGACCUGAACGAACUGAAGAGCAAGAUUGACUAUUACAACCAAGAGAUUGAGAGCAGGGAUAAGACAAUUGAGGACUUGAAACUGAAGAGAGAUGAGCUUGAGCGACAGAUGGAUGCGCUAAAGAAGGACAUGAGGCGCGUUGAGGCGGACUACGAGACCGCGAUACAGAAGAUUGAGAACAUGGAAAAGGCUAACAGAUCAGUGAAUGAGAAAAUUUUGAUCAUCGAGAAGUCUAACGACCGUGACCGCGAGAAUGCCAAACGCAUGGAAGAGGAGAACAUCAACCUCAAACGCAGAGUAGCUGAGAUGGAUAUCAACAACAGGAUCAACAGCGAGAAAGAAAACGAGUUGCAAAGCAAGCUGAGCCAGGCCCAUGAGCAGAUUAUCAACCUUGAGAAUCGACCUCAGCUUGAGUCCGCGAUUUCUAUGGUUUCUGAAAGCAUGGUAGAAUCCUCAGGCGAUGACAUGGAGACACAGAUUCUAAGACAAGACUUGGAAACUCUCCAAAGCAAGUACGAUAAACUGGAGCGUCAAAACAAGCUUCUCCAAGACCAAAACAGCCAACUGCAGCAACAGCUGAACGAGAGGGACAGAAAGUUGCGAGACAACGAGGACGAAAUCAUGGAGCUGCAGAAGGUGAUUGAGGAGCUGAAGGUACGCGCUGCUAAGGCAGGCGAUCAAACAGAUGCACCAGGAAUCAUCAACUCGCUUCGAGCGCAGAAGGAUGCCUUGGAGCGUGACAACAACAUGCUGAAGCAGGAGAUCAAGUCCAUCAGGACUACACUCACCGAGGUGCAGACGAAGAAGGGAGAGCUCGAAGCAGAUGUCUAUAACCUGAAAAGGAAGCUUGGAGAGAGCGAGCUUAAGUUGCAGAUGUCCCUCACUGAGAAUGACAAUCUCAAUGCCGAGCUCAUCAACGCACAGAAGCGAAUUGCAAGUUUGGAAGAAGAUCUGCAUCGUGCACAGCAAGAGAACGCUAAUUUGCGCGGGCAACUUGAUGAACUGCGCCACCAGAUGGCAAGAGCCAAGGAGGAUCUCUUCACCGCUCAGCGCCAGGUCAGCGAUUAUGCAGCGCAGGCCGACAACGCCAAACGUGAGGUGGUGGACCGAGAGAACCAGAUCCAGUGGCACAAGAACAACGAGAAGCAGCUUGAGGACGAAAUAAGUGUCCUGAAGCAGAAGAUUUCCAAUCUCAGAGAGUCUAAUGAAAACUACGCUGACCAAGUCGCCAAGCUUAACAGCCAGAUCCAGGAACGUGAAUCAAGAAUCGCCGACUUAGAGCACUUCAUGAACCUUCUGCGCGAUGAAAACGAGAAGCUUCGCAAAGACGUUGCUGCGGCGAACGCCAAGGCGACUGACUUUAAAAACAAGUACUUGAAUGCGCUGAAGGACGUGGAGCGUCUCCAAGCCGAACUCACUGCAAAGAACCAGAAGAUCUUCUACUUGGAGGGUCGUAUCAAGGCUCUAGAGGCAGACAAGAACAGACUCAAGCAGGAAAUCGCCACCAUGAAGAAGACAAUCUCCGAACUACGCGUGCAGAUUGAGUUACAGCGCCAGGAGAAGGACAGAAUGCAGAGCGACAUGAUCAUUGUGCAGCAAAAUGUCAGCGAGGUGCACUCAGCGCCGCCAGAAUCCAUGCCCAUGCGCGACGACGAUAAAGUGAAUUCUAAGAAGUAUCGUGACUUGGAAUCUGCCUACAAGAAGGCCGUUCGCGACAAGGACAACAUGGACAGUGACAUCGCUGGGCUGAGAGCAAAGCUGAACAAAGUGGAGAGUGAUCUGGCAAACAGUAACCGCGACAAAAACGUGCUUGAAGGACAGGGAGCUUGGAAGGACAAGAGGAUCAAGGAGCUGCAAGAUGCACUCAAUAACCUGCAAGGACAGGACAAGGUUGAUGCCAAUGACGCCUUGGGCUGGAAGAAAAAGAUGACCGAGCUCGGACAGGAGGUGCAGAAUCUCAAGAACAAGGUCACUAGACUGGAAGCCUACAAUGAGACGUAUGAGAACAAAGUGAAGGACCUGUCUGAUGAGCUGGUGGACGCCCGGCACAAGAUCGCAACGCUCGAGUCUCAGACAGAGGAGGCACAGCAGAAGAUCGAGGCACAACAGAAAGAGCUCCUAGACGCCUACAAGAAAAUUGCCGACCUCGAAGCAGCCCUCCAGAGCGCCAACAAUAACAAGAGUGAGCUUCAGCGAGAUAUCAAGAACCUGCAGAACAGGAUUAACUCCCUUGAGGAAGAGCUCCAGCUUGAAGCCAAACAGCAGGCACAGCUCCGCGGCAUCCUGGAUCAAGCUAAGAACAGAAACGAGAAGCUGAAGCAGGAGAUUGCUAAUCUACAGAAGAAGCUAAGAGAACUGCAGCAGCAGUUUGACGCCAGGCAAGCUGAGUUCGCCGAGCGUGGAUACACAGUGCAACGCCUGGAAGAUGAGUUAAACAACCUUCAGGCAGACAACGACAAGCUAAGACGAGACCUCGCAGCCCUGAGGAACGAGAUGGACAACAUGAACGCAGAGAAACGCGAUCACAUGUCCGAACUCGCGAGAGCCCAGCCACAGAUUGCCGACCUUGAGAACAAGCUUCAAGACGCUAGAGAACAGAACUCCAGGCUCAAGAUCGAGAUCGACGAUCUCAGGAACAAGCUGUCUAGCGCCAAGAGCCGCUACGAGAGAGUCGAGACCGAGACAACCAUUGUCCGAGACGCGGGUGGCCAGCUUGAGUCCGGAGUGGACAUGUUCCCGGACAUGCAGGAGGAUGUUGAUGCGCUCAAGGCUGAGAAAAAUCGUCUGAAUGAUGACAUCUCGUCCUGGCAGAACAAGUACAACACGUUACAGAAGAACUAUGAUAAUUUGGACUUGGAGAAACACAAGCUCGAGGAUAAGAUCGCAAGCAUGCAAAAGACUAUUGAUCAUUUGGAGAACGCCAAUCAGGGCUUGACCACAGACAAGGGCAAGUUGUACCACGACUUUGAGAAUGCUAAGAGAAAGAACCACGAUCUCCAGGCCGAGCUCGAAGCCGCCCGCCAGUCCAAGGACAAUCUUCAGGAAGACUUUGACAAUCUCCAAAAACGCCUGGCUCAGCUGGAAGCCGAGCAAGAGAUAUACUCCAAGACCCGCAUGGACUACGAGGACUCUGCUUCAUACUCCGCCCUUACUGCUGCUUAUAAGAGGAGCCAGGAACGUGAGAACGAGCUGCAACAAGAGCUGCUGGGUGCACAUAAGAUGAUCUCUCACAUGGACUAUGAGCUGCGCACAGUGCGCGAGAAAUACGAGACCUUGAUAAUCACCUACAAGACCGUCGAGGUAAGGAUAGUCACACUAAGAGAGGAGGUCGUCAGCUACCAGAAGAGGAUUUCCGAGCUGGAGGAGAAGUACGAGCACGCGCGCGAGCUAAAUGUGGAGCUUGAGGACGAACUGACUGUCGUGCAGCACCGUAUAACCGAGAUCGAAAAUGACAACAAGUCUUGCCAACACGAGAAGGCGUCCAUGGCGGUGGAGAUCACCAAGCUUAGGAACCAGAAUGUUCGAUUUGAGAAGCAGCGUGAAGACUGUGAGCGGGAGAAGGAACAUCUUCGCCAGCAGGUGUCCCUGAUGAGAAGCAAAGGCAACACACAAUCUGAAGAACUGAUCCAGCAGAUGAGAGAGCUGCAGAACCAGAGCGAGAAAUACCGCUUCCAGGUGGAUGACCUGACAAGGCAACUGUCACGUAAGGAUAUUACCAUGAGUCCUCAAUCACAGUCACGUACUGAGGUUUCAUAUGUGAGGGGUUCCCCUGGAAAGGGCAUCACAACCACCACCAAAACCACUAGCUACAGCACCUCUUCUAGCAAACCUGGUGAUGUGUCCACAACCAUCAAAACAGACAAAGAGAAGAGUGGUUACAGUGAAGACACCAAGGAGCAGAUAGAAGACUUUUUCCAAGAUGAGGGAAUAUCUGCCGAGUCCACAAGAGCAGUGGAAUCAUCCCCACCAAUUGAAUUCAGUGAUGAAGAUGAAUCAUCUGAAGAGGAGGAGAUCACUACAAAGAAGGUUGUUGUGAAAACAUCCAGAGGCUACAAGGCCAGCAGUUAAGCAGGAAUUCGGAUUGGUCAGGGCUCAGAGGGAAAAGGGUACAAUAUAGAUAGUUUUUCAAUCAAGAACCAAACCCUAUGUCAAAUUGGAAAUUAACAUGGCACAAUUCAAGAUGAAUACAUGGAAAAUGCUUGAUUGUAUUGAGUGUCUAUGUGUCAUGAGUUUUUGUGUUUGCCAUUGUAAUUCCCAAUUUUACAGGGUUUUGAAGCUCUUGUAUUCCCUAUACUGAAUGAGUUUUAACCUUUUAAACAGGAUAUUAUUUUGAAUUGUGGUAGAAAAGUAUGCUAAUUCGUUUAAUUCUAUUGACUAUAAUCUUUUUUUACUAAUUGAUGGAAUAUUUUUUUCAUGUUUUACCAUCAUUUUCUCCAUAACUCACAAUUUUACCUUUGUUGCUAUUUAACAAAUUUUUUGCCAAACGUUUCACAGUCCUGUUGAAUUCAUCUCUUAUAAUUCUACAGUCUGUAACAUUUUCAUACCUCAAUGUAACAAUACAUAUACCCAUCAUCUCAAUCAUGUAUAAAGGGUCUUUAAACAUAAGUUGGCAACAACAGCAUUUGAAUCUCUUUAGUUACAAUAAGUGACUUGCACUAACUAAUCACCUGAACUUUCAAGUGGAAAAUAUAAGCUAAAAUAAACACAGAAAUAACUGUGCCCAUCAUGCAAGAGAACCUAAACAUCUAUGAAUGAAAAUAAGCCUUUUCUGACAAAGAACCAUCUGGCUGUUUUAUAAGCGCUGAAUAAGUGAUAUUGUUUUUGACCCUGAGCGUGUGCAAGUUUGCCACCCAAAAAGUCAGCUGAUCUGUUAGUGCAAGUCGCCUUUUCAAUUGAAUAGACCCAAUUUUACCAUAAGCCAAUUGGCACAAAACGAAACAAUAAACCUUAACUAGGUUAGCCCAUUGGACUAGGUAGGCAAUAGGUAGUUUUCAAAUCACAAAAAAAUGGAAUGCAAUUAGCACUAGUUACGUUUUAGUUAGUGAUUAUCCAUAUAAUUGUCUAGUAAUUAUCUAAUUUUCAAAUAAAUUAGGCAAAACUGCAAGAAUAAACAAAAUGUGAUGCACAAUGAAAUGCUCAGAGGACAAAUCUUAAAAAUAGGUUUAUUUUUUGUUACUUUGAUAGUUGAUGAUGAAUUAAAUGUCAUAGAAUAUUC